AUACUGUAGAAAAAUACUUAAUUUUUUUAUAGUGAUUUAAUGAUAUUGUGAGAGAAUGGACAUCAGAAGUAAUUACACCCCCCACCCCCUUUCUGUUUGUUUGUUUGCUUCCAUUUUUCUUAUCUUGGCUGUGCUCUUCAGCUGCACUUAUCUUCCUGAGAUGCACUGGACUGCAGUGACAACACUUCGCCACCAGUGGGCACAUAGAGCACGGUGAGCAGCACUCCUGACUCAGCGAGCCAACGGCAAUUAAGCGCAGCAACGGCUGGUCAGCGGAGGCGCUCACUGUCGCUCUCAUGUUUCCACAGGUAAAUGUCAAUUAGCGCUGCUGUUUGUGUCUCUUGUGGGGAAGGUGGGCUAGGGCGGAGUGGCGAGGUAUAUGUGUGGAAGUGUUUUGUUAAUUAUUUGACUUGUAUUGUAAAUAUUUAUUAUUUGACUCAUGUGGUAAAUAUUUGUUUGUGAGCGAGCCAACGGCAAUUAAGCGCAGCAACGGCUGGUCAGCGAAGGCGCUCACUGUCGCUCUCAUGUUUCCACAGCAUUUGUUAAAAUAAAAGAACCUGCGCAACACCACACUGAUUAAUUUUCAAGUGUGCAACAAUAUGAUAUAGUGAUUAUUCCCCCAUUUGUACAAAUUUGUACUUCCCAACAUUUAUAGGGUGGAUUUAGCUGGUGAGCCAUAUGCCAAGCCCAAAGCACACACACACACACACCCACACACACACACACACACACUUAUACACACAGCAGAGACGGGUCGAUUACCUCAGAGCAGCUUAAGUCUUGGCUGAGAUGCUACACUGGGCAGAAAACACACUCUGCUAGACCAUCGAAAUGACGGUAAAGUAACAAUUUGAUCAUUUUUUGCACAGAUCGUGCUCCAACACCAGCCAGCUGCUUUAAUGGACGGUUAUGUUUUUUUUAUAUAUAUAUUGCUGAGUGCUUUGCUUAAUAAGCCGUUGACAUAGAACUGGCAGGAGCUGCUUGCAGGAGUCCAUCCCCAUCAGUGCGUUAGGAGUCCAUGCUUUAUCUGGCGCAGGGCGGGUCGCAACUUCAGCUACUUUUACUGCCUCUGAAUGAGGGGGAGGGGCUGACUGCUCACCUUUUCUGUAUCAAUAUGUAUAACAUUAGUGUAUCUAUAAUAUUCUAAAUAAAUCUGAAGUCAGCUUGAGGGAUUCUCAUCCUGGGAGGGAUUUUUUUUUUUUUUUUUUUUUACCAUAAAUCCCUGGGAGGUUGCAGGUGAGGCUUAACCGCUUAGCUUUCUCUAAACAGCAUGUUCUGCAAGGCGGCACAGUUCAUACUGCUGCAAGUCACUUUCAGCUGUGGUGAACAGAAAAACACACCAUAUUCUCCACUACUACUUUAUAAGGCUAUUGGAUUGACAUGGUGAGACACAGUUGAAGCCAAAUAUAUAAAUGCGUUGUAUAUUUAAAAAAAAUAAAAUGAAAAAGAAGAGGACAUGAGUCAAAAAAACAACAAAAGGAGCUGGAUUGCAAUUUUCACCCAUACCUAAAGGGGAGUUUAGAGAGAUCAGUUAACAUAACGGUCAUGUUUUUUGGGGAAGAAGCUGGAGUACCGAGCAUCCACAGGGAGAACCAUGAUGAACCAUGAUGAUACUCCUUGGUGCAGCCUGUAAACCUGACUCUGUUACACCAGUUCUGUCAGGAGAAAGAGCCACAAUUCCAGAAACACUUAGGUGAGAAAUUGGUGGAAAGAACUAAAACUAUUUAACUUGAACAAAAGCAGAAACCAAAUAGUACAGAAUUCAAAAAGCUGUAAAGAAAUCAUAAUUAUUUUUCAGUUCAUUCUAGGAUUUAGAUGGUAACAAUGUUUUUAGGUAAGCCGAAAUGACUUAAAGCCUGUGAUGAUUAGUCAGAUUUAAUGCCAGAAAUUUUUUUUUUUUUUUUGAAUUUUUUUUUAAUAAAGUCUAUGUAAUUAUCUGGGUUCAACUGCACAUUCUCAUUUCAUUAAGCAAAACACCUACUUCUCUGGAGAUGAGUUUAUUGUCAAAGGUUGCUAAAUCAUACACGGAAGAAAAAGGCAGAAAAAGAAAGAAAGGUCUUUAAUUUGUCAUGAAUUAUGCGUCUGAAAUUCAGUUAUUCAUAUAAUAAUAGCAUAGAGUCCUGAAAAGCAAAACAACUCAAAAAGAGGGAAAAAAUACAACAAAUGAAAGUACAGAACACUGAAAAAAAAUAAUAAUUUGAAGAACUAUAUGAAUUUGAGUUUGCUUUCAGACACUAGAUGGCAGCACUGUUAUACCGCACCCGCAUCUGAAGGUUCAUCGCCCUGUCUUCAACAGGAGGCAGUCGUUCAUAAAGAGGAUUAUUAGUUAUUAUCCAUCAUCAGGAGAUUAGCCAACAUAAUCCUCAUCCUAAAAAUCCAGCUCAUCACUAGGUGGCUUAAUCAAAUUUGCAGUGGGAGGUUUCUUUCUUUGAUAAAGCCGUUGAUCGGGGUUCGAUGUGUGAACACCCUGGGGUUUACGUCUCUGUCGUCAAAGAUAAAGCCUUAAGUUUGAAGAGAUCGCAGGUCCUGCUGAGCGUGGGAGGUAAAUGGAAUGCGUUGAUCCAAAACUAACUUGAUUCUAGAGCGUCAGUAGAAACGUCUGAGAUGUACACGCACGGUAAUCACAACAUACCUGUGGACAGGCGCAGAAGUCUCAUUGGCAGUUACAGAAAUCACUUGCAGCGAUUCCCUUAAAAGGUUCAGCAACAAACUAUUAAGUUGCAGUCUGUGGGGAUGCUGUGUUCAGGGUUUUCCACCGCUCAAAGCAUUUUGGGCGAAAAAGUUUUGGGUUCUUCUUAGCAGUGUACCUUCUUUACAUAACCAAAAGGUAAGAUUUGCGGACCUACGGCGGUCCUGUCAUCGGAUCGUCCCACCUAAACUCUGGAUCUGUGCGGCCCCAGAGGUCACCAUUUAUCAAAGAGUCCUUACAAAUUCACUCUGUAAUGGAACCGGUAACUUCUAGGAUGUGGAUUGUUAUUUUGUUUCCAUAUCCGCCAUUGAGAAAUUUAUAUUAUGAGCUGUUUCUCGAGUUUUGCCUUCUUCAGGUCAAGCUCUUUAAACUAGGUAUGGCAAUUAAGAAAAGAAAAAAAACUGCAUUAUGCUCAUGUGUCCAUCUCAGGGUAGCAAUGUUGUCACCAAGUGGCAGAAACUCCAAUUAUUCUACCAAGGCAUUCUGGAAAAUGGAGACAAAAGGACAGACAAUUGGCUGCUGGUCUACUCCCCCGUUCCAAUUACCUGUAUAUUCCUGUGCUACCUGAUCACGAUAUGGGCGGGGCCAAAGCUGAUGGCGAACAGGCGGCCCGUCAACCUCAAACCCGUCCUGGUGGUUUACAAUUUUGCCAUGGUCUGCCUGUCUGCCUACAUGUUCUACGAGUUCACAGCAUCAUCUUGGUUGGCCGGUUACAGUUUGUUGUGCCAGCCGGUCGACUACAGCAACAAUCCAUUGGCUCUACGGAUGGCCAGAGUUUGCUGGUGGUUUUACUUCUCUAAAGUCAUAGAGCUCAGUGACACUAUAUUUUUCAUUCUGCGGAAGAAGAACAGCCAGCUGACGUUCCUCCACGUCUAUCAUCAUGCGACCAUGAUCUUUAACUGGUGGACCGGGGUUAAAUACGUAGCCGGGGGUCAGUCUUUUCUGAUUGGUCUGAUCAACUCCCUGGUCCACAUAGUCAUGUAUUUGUACUACGGGCUCGCCGCCUUAGGGCCUCACAUGAAUAAGUACCUGUGGUGGAAACAAUACCUCACUUCUCUGCAGCUGCUGCAGUUUUUCGUCGUCACCAUGCACACCGCCUACAAUCUGUAUGCCGACUGCGACUUCCCCGACUCCAUGAACGCUGUCGUGUUGGCCUAUUCUCUGAGCCUCAUUGUUCUCUUCAGUAACUUUUACUACCAAAGCUACCUCACAAAGAAGACCAAAAGCAAAGAAUAAUCAAGUCAAAGAGAAAAGAAACCGUUUUAAACCAAGAGGACGUGCCAGAAGAGCCAACGGUCGGCUAUGGCCGAAGCUUGACACGACACAGACUGGCACAGAGUUCUGUACGGUACCACUCUGAUGCUAUAUUUUGAAUAUGGUAAUCACUGGCCAAUCAUUGGAAGUGGUUUACUGGCAAAAGUUGAAGUCUCACCUUUGAUCUUUGGAAAAAUAGCCCAAAAAAUCCUUUGUUGGACACAGAGCUAAUAUUUUCAGGUCAUGUACCUUGAAUGACAUCUAGUGUUUGAUGUGUUUAAACAUAUGGUCUAUGUUUAAGUGAAAUUACUCAGUAGUAUUCCUGACUUUUUUAUUAGCCCCCGUUGUUUAAACUGGCCUAUGUACUUGAUUGUGAUUGUGUGUUAAAUAUUGAUGCCAAGUCGCAUUGAGGAUAAAUAUUUUAUUUUGAAAAAAUGCUAAAUAUAAUAGUUUUAAAAUUCCUAUUAAACUAACUUAUUCUCAGA